AACCUAUCAAAACCUUUCUACUCCUAGAAUCGCAAUUCACCACCGACACCAAACCCUAGCGGCGCAAACGCACCGCCACCACAGAAACCACACCGCCACCACAGAAACCACACCGCCACCACAGAAACCACACCGCCACCGCCACCGCCACCGCCCCCAAGUUCUGAACAUCAUGACUGCCCACCGCGGAAAGUACGCUGAUGAGCUUAUUGCCAAUGCUGCAAUCUUGGGUACCCCUGAGAAGGGCAUUCUUGCUAUUGAUAAUUUUGCUGAAUUCGACCCUGGCUUUAUAUCUCUCACCCUUUUUGGUUACUAUCAUUACCUGAGUGGUGUGAUCUCUAAUGAGUCUCUCUACAUGAGCAACAGUCCAGGCGAGAGUUUAGUUAAUCUUUUUAAGCGUAAUGGUGUUCUUACUGGUAUCACCCUUGACGAGGGUACCAUUGAGCUUGCUGGAACCAAUGGUGAGACCACCACCAAAGGUCUUGAUGGCCUAGCCCAACGUUGCCAAAAAUACUAUGCUGCUGGUGCUCGUUUCGCUAAGUGGAGAGCUGUGCUGAAGAUUGGUGCGUACGAGCCAUCACAGCUUGCUAUCCAGUACAAUGCCAACGGUCUGGCCCUCUAUGCCAUCAUCUGCCAGGAGAAUGGCUUGGUACCAAUUAUUGAGCCUGAGAUCCUUGUUGAUGGCUUCCACGACAUCAUCAAGUGUGCUGAGGUUACAGAACGCGUUCUUGCUGCUUGCUACAAGUCCCUCAACGACUACCACGUCCUGUUGGAGGGAACAUUGUUGAAGCCCAACAUGGUCACCCCUGGCUCUGAUGCUCCCAAGGUCACCCCCGAGGUGGUUGCUGAGUACACUGUCUGUGCCUUGCAACGAACAAUCCCCCCUGCCGUCCCAGCUGUUUUCUUUUUUUCUGGUGGACAGAACGAGAAACAGGCCACCCGCACCCUUGAUGCCAUGAACAAGCUCAAGGCGAAGAAGCCAUGGACCCUGUCUUUCUUCUUGUAUGGCAGAAAGACGGAAAAUAAUUUGAUUUCUUGGGAUCUGGUGCUUAGAAGGUUGAGGGACAACUCAGAAGCCACACUCGGAGGCAGCCCGGGCGACAGCGCUGUGAGCGCAAGCAAGAGCGAGGUGCUUCUGAAAGCCUCCACGUCAAGGACUACAAGUAAUGAGCUUAUUGCCAAUGCUGCAAGCGACCAGGGCGACAAAGCCUCCACGUCAAGGACUACAAGUAGAUUUGCAGAUGAGCUUGCAGCCAAUGCUGCAAUCAUUGGUACCCCUGGGAAGGGUAUUAUUGCAGUUGAUGAUUAUGUUGAAUCAGUUGACCACGAUCCUUGUUUCUUGAUCCUUUACUGCGCCACUCGGGGCCUUCAAUACCUGAGUGGUGUGAUCUUUAGCCACGCGUCUUUCUGCGGAUCAGAAAUCAAAGGCAAGCAUUUUGUUGAUGUGUUUAACGACGCUGGCGUUCUUGCCGGUAUCAGGCUUGAUAGGGGUACUAUUAGGCUUGCUGGAACCAAUGGUGAGACCACCACCAAAGGUCUUGAUGACCUAGCUGAACGUUGCCCAAAAUACUAUGCUGCUGGUGGUCGUUUUGCUGAGUGGAGAGCUGUGCUGAAGAUUGGUGCCAACGAGCCAUCACAGCUUGCUAUCCAAGACAGUGCCAACGGUCUGGCCAUCUAUGCCAUCAUCUGCCAGGAGAAUGGCUUGGUACCAAUUAUUGAGCCUGAGAUCCUUGUUGAUGGCUUCCACGACAUCAACAAGUGUGCUGAGGUGACAGAACGCGUUCUUGCUGCUUGCUACAAGGCCCUCAACGACUACCACGUCCUGUUGGAGGGAACAUUGUUGAGGAUCAACAUGGUCACCCCCGGCUCUUAUGCUUCCAAGGUCACCCCCGAGGUGGUUGCUGAGUACACUGUCCGUGCCUUGCAACGAACAAUCCCUCCUGCCGUCCCAGCUGUUGUUUUUUUAUCUGGUGAACAGAGCAAGGAAGAGGCCACCUGCACCCUUAAAGCCAUGAACAAGCUCAAGGCGAAGAAGCCAUGGACCCUGUCUCUCUCAUUUGGACGUGCUCUACACCAGGGAAUCCAUGAGGUUUUUGCCGACAGUCGGAAUCCGAUUUUAGCGAGGGAUGCGUUCCUUACAAUGAUGAAGGCAAACUCAGAAGCGCUCGGAACAGACCAAGGCGACAAUGCUUGAGCCUCCACAUCAAAGUUUGGAGAAUGAACAUUAGUGGAGAUGCAAAUUCUAUACCAAAUAUCCCAAAUAAGGUUUUGCCCUCAAAAUGGUGACUUACUGUUCAUAGUGAAUACGGAGAUCGACUAUUCUUUUGUAGUGAUUACUGUUCAUAGUGCAUACUGAGAUCGACUAUUCUUUUGUAGUGAUUACUGUUCGUAUUGAAUACUGAGAUCGACUAUUCAUCUA